AUGGCUGAAUCAAACCACCUCUCCCCUCAUUGGGAUCUACCAGCUGGUGAAGCUACUUCAGAUGUCUUUGCCAUUGUUAUGGACGAGGCCGUACGAAAAGGAACUGACGCCACUGAGAAGGUCUGUGAAUGGAAGGAGCCAGAGGAGCUGAAGAAGCUGCUCGAUUUGGAGUUGCGGAGCCACGGAGAGAAGCAGGAACAGAUCCUUGACCGGUGCCGGACCAUCAUCCAAUAUAGCGUGAAGACCUGUCAUCCUCGAUUCUUCAAUCAGCUCUUCUCAGGGCUGGACCCUUAUUCUCUGGCUGGUCGGAUCAUCACGGAGAGCCUCAACACUAGUCAGUACACUUAUGAAAUUGCUCCCGUGUUUGUCCAUGAGGAAGAGGUGCUGAAGAAGCUGCGGGCCCUGGUGGGCUGGAGCAGGGAUGGGGUCUUCUGCCCAGGUGGCUCCAUCUCCAACAUGUACGCACUGAACCUGGCACGUUACCAGCGGUAUCCUGACUGCAAACAAAGGGGACUUCGGGCCCUGCCGCCCUUGGCCAUCUUCACAACACAGGAGAGUCACUACUCUAUUCAGAAGGGAGCCGCUUUCUUGGGCAUGGGCACAGACAGCAUCCGACUGGUCAAGGCUGAUGAAAGGGGAAGGAUGAUCCCAGAGGACUUGGAGAAACAAAUUCAUCAAGCCGAGGCAGAGGGUGCUGUGCCACUCCUCGUCAGUGCCACAUCAGGUACCACAGUGCUGGGGGCCUUUGACCCUCUGGAGGCCAUUGCUGAUGUAUGCCAGCAACAUGGGCUGUGGCUGCAUGUGGAUGCAGCCUGGGGUGGAAGUGUCCUGCUAUCUCAGACAUACCGGCACCUCCUGGAUGGCAUUAAGAGAGGGCUGACCUCGGUGUCCUGGAAUCCCUACAAACUGCUCACAACUGGGCUGCAGUGCUCAGCUCUCCUCCUCCGGGACACCUCGAACUUGCUGAAGCACUGUCACGGAGCCCAGGCCACCUACCUGUUUCAGCAAGACAAGUUCUAUGAUGUAUCCCUGGACCAUGGGAGAGCAAAGUAGUGCAGGUGUGGCCGUCGUGUGGACUGUCUGAAGCUGUGGCUCAUGUGGAAGGCUCUGGGUGGAUCAGGGCUGGAGCAGCGUGUGGACUGGGUCUUCACCCUCACCCGGUACCUCGUAGAGAAGAUGAAGACGCGGAAGGGCUUUGAGCUGGUCAUGGAGCCAGAAUUUGUCAAUGUGUGUUUCUGGUACGUUCCCCCCAGCCUUCGUGGACAGCAGGACAGUGCUGAUUACUGCAAGAAGCUAGCUAAGGUCGCGCCGGUGCUGAAGGAGCGCAUGGUCAAGAAGGGCUCCAUGAUGGUGGGCUACCAGCCCCACAGAACCUGGCCCAACUUUUUCCGCCUGAUUGUAGCAAACCCAGCCCUGACCACAGCCGACCUCGACUUCUUCAUGGAUGAGCUCGAGCAGUUAGGGCAGGACUUAUAACUCCCCUAGGCUGACCAAUGAGCUAUAUUUCUUAUACUUGUAAGGUGUUCUUAACAUUCUCUUUCUACUUGUUUGCUCUGAAGUUAAUUGGUGAUAAUGAUGAAAGGCAGUGGAGGGAGAGAAUCAAUUAGUCAAUCAACAAGCAUUUAUUAAGUACCUAGUCCAUAUACCAGGCACUGUACUGGGAAUACAGACACAAAAAGUGAAACAGUCCCUACUCUGGAGGAGCACAUUUUCAUGCGGAACUACAUAUUAUAAAUAUAUACACAAUCAAUAUAGACGGAGACUAAUAAAUACAGAGUAGUUAAAUACAAGUUAGUUUGGGAGGGGGGCACCAGUAUUUAGGGGGAUCAGGAGGGGCUUCAUGUAGAGGUAGUGCUUGAGCUGAGUCUUGAAGGAAGACAGAGAUUCUAGAAGCAGGAGAGAAGGAAAAUGUGCUUUCCAGGCCUGAGGAAUGGUCGGUGCCAAGGCAUGGAGGCCGGAGAUGGAGCAGUGUGUGUGAAGAACAAAGAGCUAGCCAUUUUGGCCAGAUCUCAGAGUGUGGGAGAAGGAGUCACAUACAAUCCACAGGGUGGGGCCAGGCUCUGAGGGGCUUUGGAAGAUAAACAGAUGAGUUUACAUUUUAUUCAAAAGGCCAGAGGGAGCCACUUGGAGUUUAUUUAGUAGGGGAGUGACUGUCAGAUCCCUGCUUAAGGAAAACCACUUUGGUAGCUAUUUGGAAGGUGGAUUGCAGUGGGGAGAAUCAAGGUAGGGAGUCCAAUUCGGCUUUUGCAAUAAUCUAGGCAAGGGUUUGUGUGUGAGUAGAAAGAAAAGGCGGGAUACGAGGGAUGGUGCAGAAUGGCAAGAUUUAGCAGCUGAUUGGAUUUGUGAGUGGAGGGAGAGUGAGGAGCUUUAUGGACUUUGAUAACUCUUAGGUUACAAACUUGGGAGACUGGGAGGAUUUGAAUAGAAAUAGGAAAGUUUGGAAGAGAGAUGGAUUUGGGGGGAAAGAACGUGAAUUCUCUUUUUGAGAUGUUGAGAUUGAGAUGACUCCAGAACAUCUAGGUUCAGAUGUCCAGUUGUGAUGUGCGACUGAAGUUCAGGGUAGAGAUGGGUCAUCUGCAUGAAGAUAAUUACACCCAUGGGAACUCAUGAGGGAAACUAGAGAAAGAAGAGAAGAGGACAGGUAUGCCCACAUCGUCAGGAUGAUGAGCCAGGAAAGGAGAGUGGGAAGUAACAGGAAAGAGAAUUGUCACAAAAACCUAGAGAGAAGAAGAGGGUAGGAAGUAGUGUCACAUGCCUCAGACAAGUUGAGAAGGAUGAAGGCCAAGAGAAGACCAUCAGAUUUGGUAAGUAAGAGAUCAUUGGUUGGAGAGAACAGUUGAGGAAUGAGUAAGAGGAGAAGAAGUGGGGGGCAGCUAGAUGGCGCAGUGGAUAGAGCACCGGUCCUGGAGUCAGGAGUACCUGAGUUCAAAUCCAGCCUCAGACACUUAACACUUACUAGCUGGGCAAGUCACUUAACCCCAACUGCCUCACUAAAAAAAAACAACCCCCCCCAAAAAAAAGGAGAAGUGGAAGCAAUAAGUAUAAGACAGCUUCUUCUAGAAGUUUGGCAUAGAGAGGGGUGGGGGUGAUUGCUUGAGUGUAGGGUAGGGUCUAAGGAAGAUUUUUUUAAGGAUGGGGGAGACUUGGAUAUGUUUGAAGGGAGGGGACCAAUAGAUAGGGAAAAGUUAAAGAUUGGAAGUGGAGAUUGCAGUCUGGUUGAGAUUAUAAGAUGUUGGAGAAUAUGGGAAGGGGGCUGGGAUCAAAGACACGUGUGGGGGCAGCUAGAUGGUGCAGUGGUUAAAGCACCAGCCCUGGAUUCAGGAGUACCUGAGUUCAAAUCCAGCCUUAGACACUUGACACUUACUAGUUGUGUGACCCUGGGCAAGUCACUUAACCCCCAUUGCCUGCAAAAAAACCCAAAAAAACAUACAUGUGGAAGGAUUGGCCUUGGCAAAGAGAAGGGCCCCCUCAUUGUUAAAGACUAGGAGAAAGGAAGAGAUGAAGAGAAGUGGAAAUGAGAUAGCUCAGCCAAAAUGAACUUAAUGUUCUCAGUAAAGUAAGAGGCCCUCAACUAAGAUGUUGGGGGGAAGGGGAUGUAUGGGAAGCUUAAGGAAAGGGGAGAAGAAUUGGAAUAGCUCCUCUGGGGAGUGAGAAAGAUGCUCAAUUAGAGAGGAAUAAAAGGAUUGCUUUGCUGCAGAGGACCCAGUUGAAGUUGGAUCACAUGAAUUUAUGAGGUACAGUCAGAAAAGUUGCAUGAUCUCCUCUGGCUUUUGUUUAGCAGCUGUUUGUUAAGUGGUAGGGAAAGGUGGUAGAGAACAUUAGGGUUGGAAGUAGUAAGAUAUGGGGGCAGGCACUUGACUGUAGAACUAGAGUUUCCAGCUGAGCCUAAUUGGUAGAAAGAAUGAUUUCUGCCUGUGUGAGAGAGUUGGUACAGAAAGUUUUGAAGAGAGGCAUUCUUCACUUUAAGAGAUGACAAUCCUGGUUCCAGACUCUUUUUGGGACUGGAGAAAUAGAAAGGCUAUCUUUAGACAUGUAGGGGAAGCUGGCUUCUCAAAAUGUGCCUCUUUCCUAGCUUGCUUUCUUAGAGAUGUUAGGGACAAGGGAAUUUAAUUUCUCUUUGGGUUAGGUUGAGGUUAUUCACUUGGUCAAACAAGAUCUCACCUCACUCCUGUCUAAAGAGCAAAACUGCCUAUCUAAAGAACUCAUUUACUCAUGUGUAUUUUCUAAUCUGUAGAACUCCUCCAAUAUCUGUUUGUCGUCUGUUCAUAUAAAAGAAUUUACUCACUCUUCA